AUGUCUCUUUCAUGUACAAAUAAUGAAGUUGCUGAGCAGGCAAAUGAAAUGCGCCACGUUCAAAUGCGUCUUGAAAAAGCUACUGACUUGAUCCAGACCCUUUGUGAUCGAUUAUCAGAUCUUUCUGAAGAGGUAGGUUGA